AACCACUUCCACUUCUACAUCUAACACUUCAACUUCUGCAUCUAACAAUUGUAAAUGCAUGAUCAUCAUCAUCAUCAAUUCCCUUGAACCCAACAUUGUUGAAGAAUUAAAAGAUUUGAGUACAUUCGUCUUUACAAUUUGAUUAUAAGGUCAGCCAAGUAAGUGUUUAUCGGCAAACAAAUUUGGGGAAUUAAGGCUGUGAGAUUUCCCAAUACAUUUUGAUGGACAAAUUACCAAUAUCCGUAGUUGUAAAAACACAAUAAUUCGGGCCCCAUUUACCCACCCACUGCACCUUAUCCUUUCCCGUUAUAUAAACUGCACUCAUUUUAUAUAUUCAACUAAUCUAUACACUAAAGAGUAAAGUUAACUCACACACCUCUCUCUUUCUUACACACCUUGUUUACUGAAACUAGUAGUCAGAACUAGAAAGAAAAAAUAAAAACAUCCCCCUAUCUUCAUCUUUUUCUAGCAGCACCUGCUGACUGCUGCUAGUUAGUUAAGUAACUGUAUUCGUACUCAGAAUUAAAAUCAAUUAUGAUUUCAGGGCACGACUUGUAUACCGUGCUUGCGGCCAUGGUGCCGUUGUAUGUGGCUAUGAUCUUAGCCUAUGGUUCUGUCCGGUGGUGGAAGAUCUUCUCCCCGGACCAGUGUUCGGGGAUCAACCGUUUUGUGGCAAUAUUCGCAGUGCCUCUCCUUUCUUUCCACUUCAUCUCUAGUAACAAUCCAUGGGAUAUGAACCUUCACUUUAUUGCGGCCGACACUCUUCAGAAAAUCAUUAUGCUUGUGCUGUUAGCGCUAUGGACUAACCUCACCCGCAACGGCAGUCUGGAAUGGAUGAUCACAAUAUUUUCACUCUCCACCUUACCGAACACCCUUGUUAUGGGUAUCCCACUUCUCAUUGCUAUGUAUGGUCCUUACUCAGGUAGUCUCAUGGUUCAGGUUGUAGUUCUACAGUGUAUCAUCUGGUACACACUGCUCUUGUUCUUGUUUGAGUACCGCGGUGCCAAGAUUUUGAUUAUGGAGCAGUUUCCUGAGACUGCUGCAUCAAUUGUUUCCUUCAAGGUUGAUUCAGAUGUCGUCUCCUUAGACGGCAGGGAUUUCCUUGAGACCGAUGCUGAGGUUGGGCAAGACGGUAAACUCCAUGUUGUUGUCAGGAAGUCUAACGCAUCUAGACGGUCUUUGUCUGGUAUGACACCAAGACCGUCUAAUUUGACAGGUGCUGAGAUUUACAGUCUUAGCUCCUCCAGAAAUCCGACCCCUCGAGGCUCCAAUUUCAAUACCUCGGACUUCUAUUCUAUGAUGGGAUAUCAAGGAUUUGGUGGCAGACUCUCGAAUUUCGGGCCUGCCGAUAUGUACUCGGUACAAUCCUCCAGGGGACCUACCCCUCGUCCUUCUAAUUUUGAAGAGAACCCAAACACUUCUCCAAGGUUCGGGUUCUAUCCUGCUACUGCAGGUGCAGGAGCUGCUACAGCAGCUGCUCCAAAUUCGAAUCCUGUUACCGGGUCUUAUCCAACACCAAAUCCGGAAUUAAUAAAUGGUACCGCCACCGGAGGCGGUGGUAAUAAGAGUGGUGGAAAGAAUCAAGUGCAGCAGGGCCCACAACAACAGCCACAGCAACAACAACAACAACAACAACAGCAGCAAGGGCACCACCAAAGCAAGUUGAGUCAUGAUGCCAAAGAGCUUCACAUGUUCGUGUGGAGCUCUAGUGCUUCACCUGUAUCUGAGGUUGGUGGGCUCCACGUCUAUGGGAGUAAUGAGUUCGGCACUACUCCUGAUCAAUCUGGUCGCUCUGAUCAAGGUGCUAAGGAAAUCCGGAUGUUGGUCUCUGAUCAGCAACAAAAUGGUGGUACAAAAGCCCCAUUAUUGAUUUCAGGGGUUAGGAAAAGCGAGGAGUUUGCAAGGGAGGAUUUCAGCUUUACAGGGGGAGAAGAGGAGAGAGAAAAAGAAGGGGGAAUACCAAUGGCAAGCCUAAACAAAUUGGAGGCGGGUACGGCGGCGGAUUUACACCCCAAAGCCGGGGCGGACACGGCAGAAUUAGGUGGUGGAAAACAUAUGCCGCCGGCAAGUGUAAUGACAAGAUUAAUCUUAAUCAUGGUUUGGAGGAAGCUUAUCAGAAAUCCUAACACGUAUUCAAGUCUAAUCGGCCUAAUUUGGUCCUUGGUUUCUUUUCGGUAUCAUGUGAAAAUGCCGAUAAUAAUUGAGAAAUCAAUCUCAAUACUAUCAGAUGCUGGACUUGGUAUGGCAAUGUUCAGCUUAGGAUUGUUCAUGGCUUUACAACCAAAGAUGAUUGCUUGUGGGAAUAAAGUUGCCGGUUUUGCUAUGGCGGUACGAUUUCUUACCGGUCCGGCGGUUAUGGCCGUGGCUGCUAUUGCUAUUGGCUUGAGGGGUGAUCUUCUACGGAUUGCCAUUGUCCAGGCCUCACUUCCUCAAGGGAUUGUACCAUUUGUUUUUGCCAAAGAAUACAACAAUCAUCCAGCCAUUCUAAGCACUGCGGUGAUCUUCGGGAUGUUGAUAGCACUACCAAUAACCUUGUUGUACUACAUUCUUCUAGGACUAUAAAUAAAUUAUCGUCCUUGCUUUCACCGAAGAAUGAUCGAGUUUGUUUCUUUACUAUGCAUCAAAUUUGGGGAGAAGCUAAGACCCAAGUACAUGUUUGGACGUUAAAAACGGGUACAAAAUGAUCCGACUUCCAAGAUACUCGAUCUCAAUUCUCAACUACCAAAGGUACAAAUAGUAAAAAAAUGGAAAUUUGGAAAAGAAGAGAAAACUACUAAUUCACACUCACCAAGCAAAUCAAAGUGACUGGUUGUUAGAGCUAAACAUAGUUGACUUCUUCAAGGAAUUUGCUGCCUGAUUUGAGGAUCAUGCUCCCACAAACUUUAUAUUAUACCCCCCAAAAAAAACUUUGUUAUCUGAUUUUUUAUAUAUUGAAGUUUGGGAAAUGCUAGCUAAAGAGAGGAAAAUAGGGAAAGGUAGUGGGUCCUCGAUCGAUUUUUAUUAGUGUUAAUUAAUUUAUUAAAAUAAAAUUAUUAUUACGGCUUAUUAUUAUUAUUAUUAUUAUUGUUAUCAGUAGUCGUAGCAGCUUGGGUUGGUAUUUAGUCGUAGAAGUACGUAAUAGUGCUAUAUUGAUGUGAAGGUGCAUUGUAAAUUUUUUUUGAUUUGUAAAUGCAAGCUUUUUCAUUGAAAAAUCAAUGGUUCUAGACUUGUAGAUUUUCCUUUGGUAAAGGAUUUUGCAAUUGCAGAAUAUUUUUGUCA